AUGGCUAGCGUUCGCACAUUCCGCAAAGGCGUCGACCUGGUGGCCGCCAGAGCCUCCGUCCUCCACACACCCCGCGCCUCUAUCGGCUCCACACUUUUGCGGCGGGAGCUCUCCUCCUCCUCCGCGGUGCGCCCGACUGCCAAUGCCCGCGUGCCCAGCACCAGAGUCGUUGCGCCCGCUGCCAUUGCGCCUGUCCAGGCUCAAGCUGUGCGCUAUGCUUCUGGAUCCAGUGGCCCCCUCAGCAAGACCCAGCUCUAUGACUUGCACGAGGCGCACGGUGCCAAGAUGGUGCCUUUUGCCGGCUUCUCCAUGCCGCUGCAGUAUGCGGAUCUGAGCCAUGUGGAAAGCCAUAUGUGGACUCGUGAGAAGGCCAGUCUGUUUGAUGUCAGCCAUAUGGUGCAGCAUCACCUGAGCGGACCUGGCGCUCUCGAGCUGCUGAUGAAGAUCACUCCCUCGUCCCUGGACAAGUUGACGCCCAACACCUCCACUCUCUCCUGCCUCCUGGAAGAAGGCACCGGUGGUAUUCUCGACGACUGCGUCAUCACCCGCCGCGGCGAGGACUCUUUCUACUUCGUCACUAACGCCGGUCGCCGCACCGAGGACCUUGCCUUCCUGCAGUCCGAGAUCGAGGCUUACCGCUCCAAGAACGGCGCCGACAGCAUCAAGUGGGACAUCCUCGAAGACCGCGCUCUGGUCGCCCUUCAGGGUCCCUUGGCCGCUAAGGCACUGCAGCCGCUCAUCAAUUCCGCUUCCAUCGCAGAGACCGAUCUGAACACCCUCUACUUCGGCCAAUGCCGCGAGCUCCACAUCACCCUGGCUGACGGCACCGCCAGCCCCGAGCCUCUCCUCAUCUCCCGCACCGGUUACACUGGCGAAGACGGCUUCGAGAUCUCCAUUCCCACCUCCGCCUCCCAGACCCUACCCCAACAGGUCGUCGAGCUUCUCCUCGCCGACAAGAACAGCGUCCGUCUCGCCGGCCUGGCGGCCCGUGACUCCCUUCGUCUGGAGGCCGGCAUGUGCCUCUACGGCCACGACAUCUCCACCGCCCAGACUCCCCCCGACGCUGCCCUCGGCUGGAUCGUCGGCCGUGACCGUCGUGACCCUGCUACCGCCACCUUCCACGGCGCCUCCGUCAUCCUGCCCCUCCUCGCCAGCCCCAAAUCCCUCAAACAGCGCCGUGUCGGUCUGACUGUUGAGAAGGGCUCGCCUGCCCGCGAAGGUGCCAAGGUCGUCGACCUCUCUGACCCGGCUAACCCCGUCGAGGUCGGUGUCGUCACCUCCGGUCUGCCCAGCCCGUCUCUGGGCGGUGUUAACAUCGCCAUGGCGUAUGUGAAGAACGGCUUGCACAAGAAGGGUACUGAGUUGGGUGUUCAGGUUCGGAACAAGGUGCGCAAGGCUACUGUUACCGGCAUGCCUUGGGUUGAGAGCAAGUUCCACCGUCCUUCUUAG